ACCCUGGACAUCGUCGAGAGCCAGGUUAGCAUCGCCUUCGACGACGACCCGAACUUCAGGUGGCACCACCGAGUGCUACUGGUCCCCUCGCCCACGCCUGGGCACUGGGUGGCCGCGACGCCCGACGCCGAGAUCUACCUUUUGAAGCUGGACGAGUACCUGGUGGUCGCCCUUCCGCGGGCGGCCGCGUUCCCGCAGAGAGUCCGAGGUCAGGUCUACGCGUUCGGGGCCCUCUCGGACGCCGACCUGGCCAACCUCCGCUGCGACGGGCGCAACUUCGCGAAGGUGCUGGGCUUUCCCUUCCCCGCGGUGCAGGCGGGGGUCGACGUCCCGAGGUGGAUCGUCUCCGACCCCGCGAGCGACCACUUCGGGGAGGAGGUGAGCCUGGAGCUGAUCACCUCGGCCGAGCGCUUCAUCAGCCGGGACGCGGUGGCGCUCGUGAUGCUGUCCGACGCCGAGGGCUGGGUCGCCGCCGAGAACGUCCAGCUCAGCGACGAGCCAGACUGGAAGGCGGAGAAGAGGGCCGGUCCUGGCAGGGACCGCCGCGUGCUGCCGCAGACGGGCGUCUCCGCUCAGACCGUCUCUCUAGCGCAGCUGGUGGCUCUUCUGAAGAGCGUGGACGUGGGCGACUGGCCCUUCGAGGGGCCCAAGGCCCUGGUCGAAUUUUUAGCCGCGGUGGUCUCGUCUGGGCACUCGCUCUCGUCCUACUGGGGCUUCUGUAUGGCCCAGUCGGGGGUCUCGCGCGCCAGCGCCGUCGCCCAGGAGCUGAAGAACAUCGUGGAGGUCUUGCACCAUGCGCUGGUCUUCGACGCGCUGGACGUCUCGAACCUCGCCUCGUUCGAGCUCCUGAGUCGCCGGGGCCUCCAGAUCCAGAGGGCGGUCAAGCGCUGCCCGCGCCACCCGUCCUUCGAGGGGCUGGAGUUGAUGGUGUCGAGCCGCCCCGACGACUCAGGCGGAGCCGCCGCGACCAAGUUCGACGCGUGGGUCGCCGACCAGCAGAAGGCGAGGAGCACCGUCCUCAAGCAGGAGAGGAUGUACAGGGAGGAGGCCGACCACGAGGACAAGAAGUACCGCCACGAGCAGAGGGACGAGGCAAGGACUGGGGGCGCCGACGUGGCCCAAGAGUCGGCGCUCAGGCGCGUCCGCCGUCGGAUCGCGGCCUUUGGUGAUCGGCCCGCCGACUUGGAUGGUCCUAGAGCCCUUCAGGAGCUCCUCAAGACCAGGGGCGUCUACGGCGGCCUCGACGCUUCCACGACUGUGGUCGAUUUUGAUCCGAGCCGCCUCAACAUCCCGCGUGAGGAACAUUUUUCAACGCCACUCGACGACGUGGCCCCUCAGAGCGUCAUGGAUGUGAUGGACAAUUUUGACAUUGCCGUCGUCCGCCCGCUCUCCGAGCUGCCAGAGGGCGAGCCGCUGGUGCAGCCGCGCUGGGACCUGCAGCUCGACCCGCGCCGGCGCCCCGCGCUCGUGGCCUUUCUUCGUGCGCUGGCUCUCCGAGGGCUCGUGGGAGCCCGGGCCCGUCGGAAGGCGCGCAUCUCCGCGUUCUUCGUGCGAAAGAAGAAUGGUGAUCAGAGGAUGGUGCUGGAUGCCCGGCAGGCCAACCAGUUGCAGCGCCUCCCUCCCAAGACCGUGCUGGCCUCAGGAGAGGCGCUCGCGGCGAUCAACCUCGUGGGCGCCACCGACCUCGGCCCCGACGACCUGGACAUCGUGACGACCAGGGGCGACCUGGUGGCCGGCUCGGUGGACCUGCAGGACGGCUUCUACCAGUUCCGCCACCCGGCCUGGGGCUCCUGGAUGUGCUUCGACAUCGAGAUGGACGCCGGCGAGCUGGGGGUGACCCAGCUUUACGACGAGGAGCUCGGCCGCUACAUCGACAUCAGCCCGGACUCCCGAGUCUGGCCCUGUUUCGAGGCCCUUCCCAUGGGAUGGUCAUGGGCCUUGUGGAUCUGCCAGGAGGUCCUGAUCGACGCCAUGGGUACCGUCUUCGGGGACAAGGACUCCUGGUGCCUGGACAAGGGCAAGCCGCCCUCCUUACUGAAUGGGGGGGUCGCCCAUGCGCCCUACGUCGACAACGCGAACCUCAUCUCCUUGGACGCCGGCCAGCUCGACCAGCGCCUCGGCGCCGUGACGGGCGAGCUGGACAAGAUGGGG